AGUCCCGUUACUAGACAUGUUCCAGUAUACGUGUCAGUGAUCAUUUUGUCACGGAACACGGAACAGACUCCUUUAACACCACAUAGAAGCAUCUCUACACACCAUAAUCUUAAUCCCUGUCCUAAAGCAUAGCUCAUUUCUUUCCUUUUAGCAACACAAGACAAAUAACUGAGUGUCUAGCAGGGGUGUGAAUGCAGACCUGGCACUAGUGUUUCCCCCCUCCUCCCCUGGUACCAGUAGACGUGUCACCGAUAACACACUGGUACUGGUCACCGUGGUACCGGGAUAAAACUCCCCAAAACACCUUAGAACACCCUGAAAACACCCGCUCUUAUCCACCUCCCACCCUUGGCUGGAUUGUGGUGACUCGUGGUGACUGUGGUGCAGCUUGGUGAGCCUCAGCCAUGUACCCUGUGGUGGUGGCGGUGCUGGUGCUGGUGGCCAGUGCUCAGGGCUUCUACCUGCCCGGCCUGGCCCCCGUCAACUACUGCCAGAAGGGAAUGUUCGAGGAGAGCAAGUGUCAGACCACAGUGCCCCUCUUCGUGAACCGGCUGAACUCUGAGGAGUCCAUCAUUCCCUAUGAGUAUUCACAUUUUGACUUCUGCCAAGCUGCUGACAGAUCAGAAAUGGUUGUCGAGAACCUUGGGCAGGUGGUGUUCGGGGAGCGCAUCAAACCUUCCCCUUACACACUUGAGUUCAUGAAGGAUCAGAAGUGUGUCAAGGUUUGCACAAAGUCAUACAAGACGUCCAACAAAGAAGACAAGAAGAAACUGAACGACCUGAAGCGAGCAAUGAACCUCAACUAUUACCAUCACUGGAUUGUGGACAACAUGCCGGUGACGUGGUGCUACACAGUGGACAGCGGCAACAUAUUCUGUGCCACUGGUCACCCCGUUGGCUGCUUUGUGGAUGCCACCUUCCGCCGCAAGGAUGCCUGUGUCAUGGAUAUGAAGUACAAGGAGCGUAAUACAUACUACCUCUUCAACCACGUGGACCUCAACGUCACCUACCACACUGGGGAUGGUGAGAACUGGGGCAGCACCUUCAGCGGGGCCGGCGGACGCAUUCUGUCUGUGCGUGUAAUACUGAAGAGCAUCAAGCACAACCAGGGUGGGGGCAAGGACCUCUGUGAUACCCAGGAGGUGAUGGCCAUCCCCAGCGAAUUCAAGGAGGACCUCAGCAUCACCUACUCCUACAGUGUCACGUUUGUCAAAAGCAACACUGACAUCCGCUGGUCGUCUCGCUGGGACUACAUCCUGGACUCCAUGCCGCACACCAACAUCCAGUGGUUCAGCAUCCUCAACUCCCUGGUCAUUGUUCUCUUCCUCUCCGGCAUGGUGGCAAUGAUCAUCCUGCGCACGCUGCACAAGGACAUUGCUCGCUACAAUCAGAUUGAUGCAGGGGAGGAUGCCCAUGAGGAGUAUGGCUGGAAGCUGGUGUAUGGUGAUGUGUUCCGGCCACCGCGGCGAGGCAUGCUGCUCUCUGUGCUGGUGGGCUCUGGCACGCAGGUGUUCAUCAUGACACUCAUCACCCUGUUCUUUGCCUGCCUGGGAUUCCUGUCACCGGCUAACCGUGGUGCCCUGAUGACUUGUGCCAUGGUGCUGUACGUCUGCCUGGGCUUCCCUGCUGGCUAUGUUGCUGCUCGUCUUUACAAGAGUUUUGGCGGCGAGAAGUGGAAGUCCAAUGUUUUGCUCACCUCCAUGCUGUGUCCUGGAGUGGUGUUUGCACUGUUCUUCAUCAUGAACCUGAUGUUGUGGCACAAGGACUCCAGUGCGGCCGUGCCCUUCACUACCCUGCUGGCACUGCUGUCCCUCUGGUUCCUGGUGUCUGUGCCACUCACCUUUGUGGGUGCCUUCUUUGGCUACAGGAAGAGGUGUUUGGAGAACCCUGUGCGAACCAAUCAGAUCCCCAGGCAGAUCCCAGAGCAGAGUGUGUACACCAAGCCGCUGCCCGGCAUCAUCAUGGGGGGUGUGCUGCCCUUCGGAGGCAUCUUCAUCCAGCUCUUCUUCAUCCUCAACUCCAUCUGGUCAUCCCAAACCUACUACAUGUUUGGCUUCUUGUUCCUGGUAUUCCUCAUCCUGGUGGUGACAUGUUCCGAGACCACCGUGCUGCUCUGCUACUUCCACUUGUGUGCUGAGGACUACCACUGGUGGUGGCGCAGUUUCCUCACCUCGGGCUGCACAGCGUUCUAUCUGUUCAUCUACUGCAUCCAUUACUUCUUCAGCAAGUUGAGCAUACACGGCGUUGUCUCCACCAUGCUGUACUUCGGUUACACCCUCAUCAUGGUCUUCCUUUUCUUCCUCCUCACAGGCACCAUUGGCUUCCUUGCGUGCUUCUGGUUCGUGCGCAAGAUCUACAGUGUUGUAAAAGUGGACUAAAGAUUUGUGGAAGCACUUGCUGCCUGUGUCCAAGGCCCUGAAGUGCUCUGGUAGGAGUGAGAAAACCAUGCUGCAUGAAAUAAUAUUGAGUUUGUACCAAAAAAUCAGAGGAAAAUCCAUUUCAUACAAAUAUUUGUGUGAGCUGAGCCAAGCCCACCUUGUGAGUAACAGCAGCAGUCCAGGGCCAGGAAGGUGGACUUGGGAUGUGUUGGUGUUGAAGAACUAAAGUGGCAUCAUAAAGUAAUGAUGUGUCAGUAAAAACAUCUGUAGUGGUGCAUCCUGUCCAAGCCACACUGCAGAUUUUUCUCAAGCAUCAAAGCAGAACUGUAGUUAACUUCCUGAACAUUUAUGUUGUUGAUUUUUAAGAAUGGUUUGCAAUAUUUGGUAAUUGGCUUACUUAAGGUGUUUUGAGGGUGUGAUCUUCAAUACUUAUGCACAUUUCUUUACAACUGCAAUUUGCUCCUUGUUUUAUUAUAUUUUAUCAUUUGAAAUGUUUGGAUGCUGUUUUGACAUUUUUAGUUGAGCAUUUUGGUAAUUGUUUUUAAAAAUGGUCAUGAGCACGUUGUCAUGGCAAGCUGAAUUCCUGAGCAGAGAAAGCACGCGUGUUCAUGAACUAAAUGAUGCACGUUCAGCGACAAUUUCCACUUUCUGCUCUAUAUCGUUCGAUCGAAAAUGCUUUGUGUUGUAUUUGAAAUCAUGCCCUUCUAGUAUUCUCAUCGGUGUCUAACCCCUAAUGGAUAUUUCAUGUUUGCAUCUCAUCACCCAUCGUUAGCUGCUGUCAUUAGUUAUCAGUGCUCAUCAUGGCUUAGUGGAGGGAGGAGCUGUGCAGGUAAUGCAGCAAAACCCAUUUUAUCUCUACUCAUUAGCAGAGGUGUAGCUGGCACUGAAGACAAGGAGUUCCAGAUGACAGAUGGUGAAGAAUUGUGACAUGGGGUCAGUCCAGAUAGAUGAUGGAACCAAGGCAGGGCACACAAAUUAUAGUCAUAUGAUUUAUGCAGGAGGUAGAGGAUCAGAUGUGAAUGAGUGAAGGGAGUUCAGAGUUUAUAUUAUGUUUGCCUAGCACACCAAACCCUAUGAUGUGUGACAAGUAUUGUACACUGUGGCGGUAAAAGUUUGUUUGUCAGAGAGGAGGAAGUUGAGAUUGGAGUAUGCUAAAAAAAAUUACACAAAAAAAAGAGACUAUGUAUAGCUGCAGUGAAGGAGAAAAUUGUGUGUUAAUAUCAUUGCGGUAUGUAUGUAUGUAUUUAUACAAAAUAUAUUAAAGGAAAAUACAUGG